AUGAAUUGGGAUGCCUCAAUAGCAAAAGACAUAGAUUGGAUGGGAUUAGGUAUGGUGCUACGUGAUGAGCAGCGAAUAGUCGUCCUAGCUGCGUACAGCAAAACAUUUGUUGGAAACCUUGAUGUAUUGACGGCAAAGGCGAGGGCAGGUCUUAUUGCACUCCAGGUUUGCAAAAGUUUGGGGUUUACCAAAAUUCAUUUGGAAGGAAAUGCACAAGGAGUAAUUUCUGCAAUCAAUUCGCGGCACCCAGAUUGGAGUAGCAUAGGAAUGUUAGUGGAGGACUUUAAGCUUAAGUUGCAGUCUUUACAACAAUGGCAGUUGUCGUUUGUUCGUCGAGAGGGUAACCAGGCGGCACAUACAUUGGCUAAUUUAGCCUCUAGAACUUUUAUGAAUAAUAUGUGGCUUCAUGGGCCACCUGAAUGUAUUGUUGGAAUUGUGCAGAGGGAGCAAGUUACUCCUUAUGCUUUGAAUUUGAAUCAAUGA